CCCCCCCCCUCUCAUCGGACUUUCCCUUCUGUGGAAAAUACUCGCCACAGUGUGUGCACGGAAGAUGAGGGGAACAAUGAAACAAACCAAAGGAAUUAUUUUCUCCUCGGCACUGUUCAAGCUUCUGCUUUUGGUCGCGAUUACGCGCGGUGCCACCGGUAAGACUUUGAAAUAUAAAGUUUAUGAGGAGCAGAGAGUGGGGACGGUGAUUGCACGGUUAAAGGAAGAUGUUGCCGGGGUUUUAUCCAAAUUACCGGGUUCCCUGACCUUUCGGUUCCGCGCAAUGCAACGAGGGAGUACGCCGUUCCUCUCUGUCCGGGAGGAGGACGGGGAGAUCAGCAUUGGCACCAAAAUCGACCGUGAGAAGCUUUGUGAGAAAAAUGUGAACUGCUCGAUUGAAUUUGAUGUGGUCACACUCCCCACGGAGUACCUGCAGCUGUUCCAUGUGGAAGUGGAGGUUCUUGACAUCAACGACAAUUCCCCCCACUUCUCCCGCGCCAUUGUCCCUAUUGAGAUCUCGGAAAGCGCAUCCGUGGGGACCCGCAUCCCGCUGGACGGCGCAGUGGAUGCGGACGUCGGGGAAAACUCCCUGAACACAUAUUCCCUUACACCCAAUAACUUCUUUAAGAUCGAGGUGAGGACACGGACGGAUGGGGCCAAGUACGCAGAGCUGGUGGUGAUGAGGGACCUGGACCGGGAGGUGCAACAAAACUACCAGCUCCAGCUAACGGCCUCCGAUAAUGGUGUUCCUCCAAAGUCUGGCUCAACUUUGGUCAAGAUCAGCAUCUCGGAUUCCAACGACAACAGCCCAGUCUUUGAUGAGCAGGCUUAUAUGAUCAAUUUUCUGGAAAACUGUCCCCUAGGGACUCUAAUCAUUGAUUUAAACGCCACAGAUCCAGAUGAGGGCACUAAUGGGAAAAUAGUAUACGCGUUCAGCAGCCAUGUCUCACCAAAGAUCUUGGAAACCUUUAAGAUAAACCCAGAAAGUGGCCACAUUACCCUUAUUAAAAAAGUGGACUUUGAAAGCACUGCUUCCUAUGAGCUGGAUGUUCAAGCUCAGGACCAGGGCCCUAAUUCCAUCCCUGGACUUUGCAAAAUUGUUGUUAAAGUGGUGGAUGUAAAUGACAACAAACCAGAGAUAAACAUCAACCUGAUGACGCCUGGCAAAGAGGAAGUGGCCUACAUUUCAGAGGGGGCCCCAGUGGACACCUUCAUAGCUCUGGUUCGUGUUGAUGACAGCGACGCUGGGCUGAAUGGGGAGGUGGUGUGCCGGCUGCACGGCCAUGGACACUUCAGACUCCAGAAGACCUACGAGAAGAACUACAUGAUCCUCACUAAUGUAUCGCUGGACCGGGAGAAGAGGUCAGAGUACAGUCUGACCGUCAUAGCAGAGGACCGGGGCUCCCCCAGCCUCUCCACCAUCAAACACUUCACCGUUCAGGUGUUGGAUGAAAACGACAAUCCCCCACGUUUUGAAAAGAGCCGCUACGAGGUCUUUAAAUCAGAAAACAACUCUCCUGGAGCAUACCUCAUGACCCUGGUGGCCUCAGAUCCAGAUCUGGGCACCAAUGGCCAGAUCACCUACAGCAUCGUAGACGUUCUGGUUCAGGGGAGCCCCAUCUCCACCUAUGUCACCAUUGACCCUUCUAAUGGCGCCAUCUAUGCCUUACGCAGUUUUGACCAUGAAGACGUCAGUCGGAUCGCCUUCACCGUUCAGGCCCGUGACGGGGGGAACCCAGUGUUGUCCACCAACACCACGGUCCUCUUGACUGUUCUGGAUGAAAACGACAACCCGCCCAUAAUCCACUCCCCCUCCCUCCGGAAUCACACCGCCGAGCUGUCCGUGUGGAAGUAUGCAUCACCUGGUCAGCUGAUCACGGUACUCAAAGUCACAGACCGCGACACCGGCACCAACGGAGAGAUUAGCUGUGCCAUCGUCGGUGGCAACGAGGACAGGCUCUUUGUGAUGGACGCCAGGCGCUGUGAGCUCAGAACCAAUGCCAGCCUGGAACAGGCUCCACGGGAAGUGAUGGAAAUCAGGGUGGAGGUGCAAGACAGGGGCACCAUCCGCCUGGCCACAGGGGCCCUCUUCAGGCUGUCGCUGCAGGAGAACAUGGACAUCCUGCCCCCCCUCUACCCCACAGGCUCCAGUCAGGCCCAGCUGGAUCUCUCCCUCAUCGUCAUCAUCUCUCUGGGCGCUGUUUGUGCUCUGCUACUCAUCGUCAUGGUGAUGUUUGCCACUGCUCGCUGCAACCGUGAGAAGAAAGAUCCGAGACACAACUACAACUGCCGUGUGGCUGAGAGCAGCUACCAGAACCACCCCAAGAAGCCCGCCAGGCAGAUCCACAAGGCGGACAUCACCCUGGUCCCCACGGUCAAUGGGACUCUGCCUGUGAGAGCCCACCCUCGCUCCCCAUCAGCCUCCCCCGCCCCCGACAGAGGCACCCUGGGGAGCAAGCAGAGCCACCACAGCCGCCAGUCCCUCAACAGCCUGGUCACCAUCUCCUCCAAUCACGUGGCGGAGAACUUUGCCCUAGAGCUGGCCCACGCCACGCCUCCUGUAGAGCAAGUCUCACAGCUUCUGUCCAUGCUCCAUCAGGGCCAGUACCAGCCACGACCCAGCUUCAGAGGCAACAAAUACACCAGGAGCUACAGAUACGCGCUGAAUGAGAUGGAUAAGUUCAGUCUGAAGGACAGCGGGCGGGGGGACAGUGAGGCGGGGGACAGCGACUACGAACCUGGCCGGGAGUCCCCCAUGGACAGGCUCCUUGGUGAGGGCUUUACUGAGAUAUAUGCCCCUGAUGGCCAGCACAGAACGCAUGCAG